CAGUGCGUUAGAUACAGUGUUCAAAAUGCGCGACAUGUUGCGUUUUUUUGUCCGCUCUCUCGGGAGGUCGGCAACCUAUGCAAGGCAAUAUGGCUCAAAGUUGCGAAAUGUAGUGAAUUAUACUACCUACAAAGCCCAAAAGACUACGCCAAUAUCUUCAGUACAUUUAGUUGCUGCAACAAGUGGAAUAACAUCAUUAUUCUUUGCCCAGGAUAAGAAUACACCUCAGGAUUUAGAGCGUGUGAAGAUUGGUAACGUCAGUGAUUUUAAGGAUGGUGAGAUGCGUGAGGUAUUAGUCAACGAAGGUUGUGACCUUCUGCUUGUAACGAAGAUAAAAGGCCAAAUAUACUGCACGGGAGCAAAGUGCCCUCACCAUAUGGCAUCAUUAGUUGAUGGUGGUUGCACUGAGGAAUAUCUCAUUUGCCCUAAACACAACGCCAAGUUUGACAUCUCCAGCGGUGAAUGUGUAAAUGGGCCUUGUUUUUCAUCUAUUCCAAGUUAUAAAGUAGAGGUCGAGGGUGAUGAGGUAUACGCUUACCUUCCACCAUCACCCAUUGAUGACGUUGUGGAGCCAAAAUGCAAAGUAAAACCUGGAAAGGAUGAGCGUGUAUUUGUGAUUUGUGGAGGAGGUGCCGCUGCUCAUGCUGCUGCUGAGACUUUGCGUUUGGAGGGAUUUGGUGGACGUAUAAUUAUUUAUGGUGAUGAGCCACACUUGCCAUAUUAUCGUCCUCAUCUUACCAAGCGUAUAGAAUCCAAAGGAUAUGCGGAAGUGGCUGAAGAGCAAGCUUUAAGGUCUCCACUUUGGUAUCGUGCUAAUCAGGUUGAAUAUCAUGGCGGUAAGCGGGUAACCGCCGUGAGUCACGAAGAUAACACGAUAACUUUGGAAGACGGAACUUCAGUCAAAUAUGAUAAGGUACUGGUUGCAACUGGUUCUGUAGCCUUUGUUCUGCCCAUGAGUCGUGAUCUCGGCCCGCUGAAAAACCACUUUACUAUUCGUACUGUUGAUGAUAUGGAACGCAUUGUGAAAUACAUUAAACCGAAUAUGAAAGUGGUGAUUGUUGGCGCCAACUUCGUCGGUUGUGAGAUGGCGUCCUCACUGAAGGAUAAGCAAGUGAACGUCACCUUGAUUACCGACAUGGCCGUUCCUAUGAGUAAUAUCAUUGGUGAACGGGGCGGUAGCGCUAUAAUGAAGCUGUUACAGAAAAAUGGUGUAAAGGUGUUGACUAGUGAGAUGGUGAAGAACUACAACGUAAAGGAUGGUCGUAUUACCCAUGUCGUCACUGCCAAAGCUUCAGUGGAUGCUGACCUGGUUAUAGAGGGUGUCGGUGCAAGGGUUAAUAUGGAUUUACUCAAGUGCGCACAGAAGAAUCGUGACGGUACUGUAAACGUUGACGGUGGCAUGCGUUGCGUUGGUUGUCCAGACAACGUCUUCGCUGCUGGUGACAUUGUGACAUAUCCUUACCAUAUGGAUGGUCAAAACAUUUCCAUUAAACACUGGAACGUCGCUUUACAGCAUGGCCGUGUAGCAGCUAAAUCCAUGCUUGGUAAGAAGGCAACUAUGAACAUGAUUCCAUUCUUCUGGUCCGAGUUUUUCUACAAGGGCUUUAGGUUUGCCGGGGUUGCAAACGGGGUGGAGGAUAUUGUAUAUGAGGGUGAUGUGGAGAAUUGCAAAUUCAUUGCAUACUAUGUUAAGGCAUCCAAGGUCAUUGCCAUGUUAGCUAUGGGUAUGGACCAUAUAGGUGCGCAGCUGGCUGAGGCUAUGGAGAAGGGUUGUGCUCCUUCCUACUCGGCACUUAAGCUUGGUGCAGCUAACUCGGACACGAUGAUGCAAUGCUUAAAGAAGCGUUUGGUCAAGUAGAAUGGAUCACAUUUGUUUAAAAACCAAACUAAAACAGCUACAUCAUCGUAUAAUUCCGGAAAUCAACGACAUCUUUUUACGAGUUUGAACGUACUAGCAUGUUUUAAGUUUUUUAAUUU